GUGUAACACGACGCUAGCUGUCUCACGCUCGCGCACACGCCUGAGCGCCGCGCAACGCACCGCGCUACGGCUGGACGCGCGCAGCAGUCCUUAGGACAAAUACAAAAGCCAGCGCGUGCAAUUCCGGGCGUCGCCGGGCGCCGCAAGAAAGCUUUGCGCAUAGCUGCUCUCGGCAGCCCCCCGCGCGCGGGCGUCAACGCCGCCGCGGCACCAGCAACGCAAGCAUGGCCGGCCGCAAGAUGACGCCCAAGGGCCAGAUGGCCUUCGGCGGCGGCCCGCCGAUCACGCACCUGCCGCCGGCCAUGAAGGCCAUGUUUCAACCGGGCCCUCCGUUAAUCUUCCGGGAGCGGCCGGUCAAAAGGAAGCCGCCGCCCUACUCUGGCGUGGCCAAGUAUCUCGGGUUGUUCGAGACGACGGAGCCGCCGGCACGUGUGGUACAUGAGACGCCGCGCGACAAACGAGAAAAACGGAAGAAAGCGAAGGCUGAACAGCACCAGCGCGAACUCGAGGAGGAAAUAAAGAAGUGGGACCCGCACAAGCCCUCGUCUGCCGUUGCCAGUGUGACUACAAAGGACGCGUACAAGACGUUAUUCGUCGCUCGCCUGUCAUAUGACACCACAGAAGACACGUUGCGGAGGGAGUUCGAGGCCUACGGUCCUGUUAGUCGUAUCAGAGUCGUGCACAAGCGCGAUGCGAAUGACGUCCUGACCGGUAGUGAUGAGGGAGACGCUCCGCGAGGUUACGCGUUCGUCGAGUUCGAGAAGGAGGAGGACAUGCGCCAGGCCUAUAAAAGGGCUGACGGUAGGAAAGUAGACGGGCGGCGCCUCCUGGUGGACGUCGAGCGGGGGCGCACGGUCGCGAAGUGGCGUCCCCGCAGAUUGGGGGGUGGUUUAGGAGCGACGCGGCGCGCGGGUGGGCCGCCGCGAGCCGCCGCGCGGCCCGUUUCUCGUCCGCAGCAGUCGUACGGCGCGCGGCCGUCAUAUCAGAGCGGGCCGCCGCGGCGGUACCGGUCGCGGUCGCGCGACAGGGGCUACGAUAGGAGGCGCUGAGUGAUCACAGGACCUAAUCGUACUUAGGAAACAUUCUCACUUGUGG